GAUAUGUAUAGUAUGAUAUGAAACUAGGUUUAUAAAACAUUUGUUAAUUUCAUUGUAUCAUUUGAUAUCUGAUCCCCGAAGCUUAUUCAUCUAAUUUUAGGGGAUUCAUAAUAUCAUACAUUUUAAGUUUGAAUAAGGAUUUGAAAAAAUGGGCGAACCUCUUAUAAAAAAUUUGGAGGAAAUAAUUGGCCAGCGACUAUCACGCAAUGAGACCAUCAAAAAAACGGAAAUACUGAACUUUUUGGAACCUGGAGAAAAUUAUUUGAGUGAAAUGACGAAAAUAAACGUGUCGGUGAAAAACAGAAUUACAGAGGCCGAGCGAGAUAUUUACAUUAUUGGCAAAUGCGUCGCUAAGCCACCGCCGAACGGUAAUGACUUUGUGAAAGAUUUCUCGCCAUUUUUGUUCACCAAAGAAAUGAUGUUCUACAAAGAAGUGAUCCCCGCCAUCCAGACAUUUCUGAAAAACCGUGGAGCCAGUCCUGUGGAUUAUUACCCGGAGUUUUACGGGGGAAGGCUCAAUUUGUCUGGCGGUAGCAAAGCUGACAGCGAUGCUGUUUUGCUAUUAGAAAAUUUACAUACAAGUGGAUAUCAGAACAUGGAUAGACACGAAGGGUUCGACUUUGACGGUGCCAAAACGGUUUUAAAAGACCUAGCCCACUUUCACGCAGUACCAGUAGCCAUGAAACUCCUCGAGCCCAAACUGUUCCAAGAAAAAAUCCAGAAAAUCUUCGACAUCAAACCACCCUCACCGCCCAAAAAACCAGAAGGCAAACCAGAUGAACCACCACCACCAAUGCCAGCCCUGACGAAAGAACUGAUGGUCGCGGUCCUAGAAGAAGACGAUAAGUGCGUACCUGCCAUCCCUAGCUUCCUCGAGAUGAUAGAGAAACAGAGGAGUAUAAGCUUCGAAGAGAUGUUGAAUAUGAAACAGCGAGAACCCUUCGCCACCAUGGCGCACAUGGACAUGUGGUUGAACAACACCAUGCAGAAGCUAGACCACAAGAACAGACCCAUCAAAAACAAAUUCGUCGAUUUCCAGGUGUUGUCUUACGCCAGCCCUGUUAGAGAUCUACUUUUCCUCUUGAUCACCAGCGUGCAACUCUCUGUCUUGAAGACCCGUUUCGACUACCUGCUGAAAUACUACCACGAUAACUUCACGAAAGUUCUUAAGGAGUUGGGAUGCGACUUAACGCCUUUUAGCUAUGAGAACUUUAUAGAGGAAGUGAAGGCGAUGGCGCCCGCUUCGAUUGAGCAUGGUUCGUUUUUCUUGCUGAUCAUCGUUUCCGGGAAGAAGGGAGUGGCUGCUGAUCCAACUCAGGCUGCUAAGUUGGUCAAGGAUGAUCUCGAUCAGAAGGCUCGCGAGAAAUUCAGAUUCAUUAUUCAUGAAGCGUAUAAAAGAGGGUGGAUGCAUCAAAGCUGAAGAAUAUUGAAGGAAAAAAUCUAGGAUGGAUUUCGAUUACUGUGAUCCAGUAUUGAGGCAUAUUUAAAAAUUGAGAAUUUUAUUUAGCAAAGAUAACCGAUUUUAUAUUCAAAUAGUUAUUUAUUUACUAUUAGGAAGAUAAAGUGUCUAUUAUAGUCGAGUCAGGCAAGAAAAUAUAAAUU